UCUGCGCAUGCGCAGUCUUCAGCCCAGUUCAGCUCUCCGGCUCCAUCAGCUGGGCACAGGCUACUCCGUGUGCCAUAUUGUGUACGAGAGAGCAAAAUAGCUCAUUUUUACGUUUCAGAAAAGGAGGAGACUGUCGCCACGACUGAGAGGAAUAUCUUCCGACGGCCUAAUCUCACCACAGAGCUGUUUAGAGGUGCCACCUUCACCUGUGGCCCCCUGCCUGCACCACAUCCCCCGCUGUCCUCUGUUGAUUCUUUGUGGUGAUAAAGCACUGUCUACACCUCUGCCAAGCUGUCGGACAUGUCGGGACCUGUGCCGAGUCGGGCCCGCGUUUACACGGAAGUAAACACGCACCGGCCCCGUGAAUACUGGGAUUAUGAGUCCCAUGUUGUUGAGUGGGGAAACCAAGAUGAUUUCCAGCUUGUUCGGAAGCUUGGACGUGGAAAGUACAGUGAAGUGUUUGAGGCGAUCAACAUCACAAACAAUGAGAAGGUGGUGGUAAAAAUUCUCAAGCCUGUGAAGAAGAAGAAAAUAAAGCGUGAGAUAAAGAUCCUUGAGAACCUGCGAGGAGGCCCUAACAUCAUCUCCCUUAUAGAUAUUGUGAAGGACCCAGUGUCUCGAACGCCUGCCUUGGUUUUUGAACAUGUGAACAACACAGAUUUUAAGCAAUUGUAUCAGACACUGACAGACUAUGACAUUCGGUUCUACAUGUAUGAAAUCCUAAAGGCUCUCGAUUACUGCCACAGUAUGGGCAUUAUGCACCGGGACGUGAAACCACACAACGUCAUGAUUGAUCAUGAACACAGGAAGCUGCGCCUUAUUGAUUGGGGUCUUGCUGAGUUCUACCAUCCAGGGCAGGAGUACAACGUCAGGGUGGCUUCCCGCUACUUCAAGGGACCAGAGCUUCUAGUCGACUAUCAGAUGUACGACUACAGUCUGGACAUGUGGAGUCUUGGUUGCAUGUUGGCCAGCAUGAUUUUCAGAAAGGAGCCAUUCUUUCAUGGUCAUGAUAACUAUGACCAGUUGGUCAGAAUAGCCAAAGUCCUCGGAACAGAAGACCUCUAUGAUUACAUCGACAAAUACAACAUAGAACUUGAGCCCCGCUUCAACGAUAUCCUAGGACGGCAUUCCCGUAAGCGAUGGGAACGUUUUGUCCACAGCGAAAAUCAGCACCUGGUUAGUCCAGAGGCCCUUGACUUCUUGGAUAAGCUUCUGCGGUAUGACCAUCAGGCCCGACUGACUGCGCGAGAGGCCAUGGAACACCCAUACUUUUAUCCAGUCGUAAAGGACCAGUCUCGGAUGGUAGGCUCCACUAACGUGCCAGCAGUUAACACUGCAGUGAGCGCAGCCAGUAUGAUCACAGGGAUAGCUGCACUUCCAGCCUCCACAGCCCUGGGUCCGCUGGCGGGCUCACCCGUCCUCACAGCUGCCAACAACCUGAGCACCCCGGUGCCCGCUGCUGCCGGUGCCCCUCAGUGAUGCCGUUCGUGCCUGCUUCCUCACCUCACCACGGCCUGGGACCAGGUGAUGAGUGAUUGCCAGUUUGCCAGUCCACACCCACCACCUCCUGGCUCAGUCCUGCGGAGACCUCUGGGACGGUGUUCUUAGAAAGGUGUCCCUAAACCUUCCCUCUACCCCGAGCCCCCACCCUAAUAAUCUUCACCUCAAGUUAAACAAACUCUGUACCUGUUUAACAGUUUACCUGAAAACAUGAACCGUUCGGACUACUUUGUUGCGUGCCUGUGUGUGCGUGAUGCCUACAGGUAUUCCGUUGUUGUGGCUGGAGUGUAAGCGUGAGACUUUGCUCAUUGUUCAAGAAACGUUAGGAACCCUGAUGAUAAUAAUGAUGAUGUUAAGCACAUUUUCCCUUCAAUACCUACAGCCAACGAGCACGAACAUGAUUAGCUUUUACUUUAGGAAGGGAAGGAGCGCUUUGGACCAAACGGAGGAGCACACUGCGAAAUAACUUGACGUUCAGCCACUGAGACUUCGGCUCAGACAUCUCAGUAAAAUAGCGUUGGUGUCCUUGUGUUAAUAUAAUUGUCAAUAGCUCAGUCAUAAUAGGCAAGACAAAGACAAACUGAUCCCAGAUCAGCAUUCAUACCGCCUUUCAACAACUGUGGUCAUAGAGUUUUAAAUGUACUGGUGCUGUAUCGCUGCAGUUUGUGUUGUAUGUUACAACACUCAACUCAUGACCUUAAUACGCAGCAGUAUUUUAGGUGGAAGACAUACAUUUCGAUACUGCAACAUGUGAAAGGGGAAUUCCACCAAUUUGUCAAAAUUCCUGCAUCAGUAAAUCAUUAAAACGACAGUCAUUCAGAGUGAUUUGGUCUGAAAUGUGUUAAACUUACCGAUUCAGAGUUGUUUACACUGGUUGUGCUGGGAUGUCUGAAGAGUUUAAUGCCUCCAAAAGCCGCCACUGUUUUACAAUAGUUUUUCAAAAGGUUUUGGUGUAACGUGUUUGUAAUGGCAAAGAAAGACAUGCAAGGUGCUGUAUGGCAAAAUAGUCCCCAGAGGUUUGAGUCAGUUUCAGAUUAAUAGUACGUUAACAUUAGAAUUAACCACUUUCAAUCAACCAUCAUGAAAAUUUUAUUUAUAUUUAUAUAUAUAUAUAAAAACCCAGAUGUGUGUUGAUAUACUGGUCAUAUUAGAUAUUGUCAUUGUAGUUUCUAGAAAACGCAGUCAGUUAAACAACGGUCACGAUUGACUCUCCAAAGUAAUAUGUUUACUUAAGAAUCACAGCUGGUAAAAACCCACCUGAAACAAGGAUUACAGAAGGUUAACAACCAUGUUGGUCUAUUUCUUUGGUCAACACAGUGUAAAACAGUUAAAUCUGAGUCAGUAAAUUUCUGUACAAUGAAUCGUUUCAAACCAAAUCAACCUCUUAAGGUACUUUGUUUACAUCUCAGUGAUUUACAUGCAGAAAGUUUGGAGAACCUGUGGAAAUCCUCUUUAAUCUUUGAGUGCUAGAAGUCAAAAUCCAUUUAAUAUGGAAUGCACACUGUGGAUAUCCAUUUAAUAUGGCAAUAUUCCGACUUAACUUUUUCUGUUUCUUUUUGACAUUCUUUUUUUAUUUGAUAUUCUUUUUUUAUUUGACUGCUGCUCCAAACUUGUUCUAGUGGGUUAAACGGCACCUGUUUAGUAAAGCAGAAGUAGUAGAAUUUACUAAACAUCUUCCACACCCAGUGACACACAAGGUCAUUUUGAGUUUUCACUUGUUUGUGGAGAAAAAACAUGAAAUGUUCAUAAAUAGAUUUCUCAUGAAGUGCAAGCUUCUGAUGUUCAAGCUGGUUGAAAUAGAUUUUAAGCUGCAGUUCAGCAGUUUGUAGAAUAACAGUGGGGUUAUUUUGAGGAUAUUUGCAAAUGUAAAACUGUUGAAUAAUACAAAUAUUAUUCUAGAACAUUAUGGAAAGUGAUCUAGCAUAAAAUACCCUGUUGUCACACCUGGUGUUAAAAUCUGUUUCAAGUUAUUUGAUCAUAAGUGGACAGUGAGAUGUUUACUCCAUGGCCAUGUUCAGACUGCAGGUGAAAGUGUCCCAAAUCUGAUGUACUGCCCAAAUCCAAGUUUUGUUUUGCUGUCUAUGUUCUCUUUUUAAUGUGGCAUCACUAUGAACAGAGCACGCUAAUGAACUGACCUGCAUGUGCAAAAGUACAACAUUAAAGGACAAACAGCAGACACCAAAAUGACCACACUGAGCAAAGUUUACAGUAAGGAAUAAAAUAUGAUGAAGUAUGGUGGUGGAAGCUGAUCAAGAAGAGGAAGGAGAAUCGGUUUUCCUUUUUCCUGCUAUGCAAAAGAAUGCUGAGUUAGCAAAGUGGUGCAAACUAAGUUUACCUACUGGAUAAAAUGAUUACAUCUGUGUGAAGCUCCUUUGCUUUACUUUUUUUCUUUUCAAAAUGUCCUUGAACUUACCUGAUUUUUAAAUAGCUGUAGGUUUGAUUUCUAUCAAUGGUAAAAGGCAUUUCGAUGACCAAUAUGUUGACUGUACAAGUGACAAUAUGAUGCAUAUUAAGUUGGAUUGAUAUAAAAACGUGAGUCUGCCUGGUCCGAGUUCACAUUGCUGGAUUUAGCUCCGCAUAUGCAGAGGAUUGAAUCUGAACUGAAACUGUCAGAUUCAAUGUUUUAGGCGACAGUGUGAACAGUAAUAAAAAAAACAAAUCUGAGAUCAAAUUUGGCCCACAUGUACCUGCAGUGUGAACGUAGCUCAUGUGUCUCCAGCGACUGCUUGUGAUUGCAGGAAGAGUACUGUGCACAUUUUCUGCAUCAGUCUCUUACUGCGUGUGUCGUCAGACAAUAUGUUGCCAGUUCUUGUUCAUGUGCUGGUCCUGGCUGUUACAAAAAGUUUUAAUUACAUGGACUGCAACAAAUAAACAAACAGGAGACAAUGACAGAAGUUAUGGAGCUGCUUUUGUCUCUGCUGUGAGACUCA